AUGGCGCUUCGUCUCCCGGGGGGGCUUGCCUCUCCCAAGCAACUGUGGGAGUUUCUCCUGGCGAAGGGCGAUACCCGGGGUCGUGUCCCACCAUCCCGCUACAACGUAUCAUCGUACUACUCGCCUACUGGAAAGGUCGGAUCGGUAGCAACCGAGUACGAUUAUUUCCUCGACGAGACCGUCGACCUCGGAGCUUUAGAUACCUCCUUUUUCAGCAUGACACGAAGCGAGGUGGAACAUGCAGACCCGCAGCAGCGGCUCCUGCUUGAGGUCGCCAGAGAGUGCUUUGAGGACGCAGGGGUGACGAACUGGCGGGGGAAAGCUAUAGGGUGCUAUGUGGGAAGUUUUGGCGAGGAUUGGGUUGAGAUGUUUGCUAAGGAGCCUCAGCAAUAUGGCAUACAUCGAGUGGUCGGGCAUGACGAUUCGUACAGCCUGCUCAUCCGCACUGACAGGCUUGCACGAGGCAUGUAUGGCCAUCUCCCGCGGCGACUGCGAGGCUGCUGUUGUAGGCGUGUAAACCUUAUCCUCGGGCCAGGCAUGACGAUUGCCAUGAUAGAGCAGGGGGUUCUGUCCAAAGAUGGUAGCUGCAAGACCUUUUCCGCCGACGACAACGGCUAUGCACGAGGGGAAGCCAUUACUGCAAUUUACUUGAAGCCAUUAGCAGAUGCUAUCCGAGACGGUAACCCAGUCAGGGCAGUCAUCAGAGGAACCGCUCACAAUGUAGAAGAGGCUCUCAUCAGACGGGCAUACCAAGUGGCUGGAAUCCCGGAUUUCAACGCAACUGGCAUGGUUGAGUGUCAUGGUACCGGGACAACCAUCGGUGAUCCUAUCGAAGCAAAAGCUGUUGCGCGCAUCUUUGGCGAGGAAGGAGUGUAUAUUGGGUCCGUGAAGCCAAACCUGGGGCACGCCGAGGGAGCAUCCGGCUUAGUCUCGGUCAUCAAGAUGGUAAUGGCUCUCGGGAACCGCACAAUUCCUCCAAACAUUCGUUUCACGUCACCAAACCCAGAUAUCCCGUUUGAGUCUGCAAAACUCACAGUACCACUUGAUCCGACCCCAUGGCCGCAAUCUAAACUAGAGCGUGCGGGCAUCAACUCUUUCGGCAUCGGCGGCGCAAAUGCUCAUGUUAUCCUGGACUCGGCUGCCAGCUUCAACGCGGCAUCCGUCUUCCGGUACCCGACAAACAAGGCUCAGCUCCUGCUGUACUCGGCGAACUCCCUCAAGUCGCUCACCAAGAUGUCGGCUUGGAUGCCGAUUACUGGCGCAAAAACUUGGAAUCACCUUUAUUGGUUUGAGUCGAGGCUUUCCAAGGAAUGGCGCCAGAGGGUGCAUCCCUACCACGAUUUGCUGGGUGCCAGAGUGCCCGAGAGUACCAACAUGGAGCCCGCCUGGCGCAAUCUGUUCCACCUUUCGAACGCCCCCUGGGUCCAGGACCACAAGGUUGGGGGUGAUGUCGUGUUCCCUUAUGCUGGCUACAUCGCACUGGCCGGCGAGGCUGUGAAGCAGCUCACCGGCGUCACAGAGGGUUUCAGUAUUCGGGACAUGACGAUCAGCCUGGCGCUCGUUCUGCCUGAGGGCAGGCCCACUGAGUUGAUAACUUCUUUCCGCCCCGUUCGCCUAACUAGCUCGCUUAGUAGCCAGUGGUGGGAGUUCAUGGUCGCUGCGUAUAAUGGUCAGGUGUGGAACAAGCACUGUGUUGGUGAGGUCAUGGCUAUAUCAGCAACAUCACUUGGAUCUGCGUCCCCUGAGAAAGAUGAAGAUCUUCCGCGCAAGAUCCCGCUCACGCCUGAUGAGCAGGCGCUGGAGUCUUCCAUUGGCUCGGCGAAACUUGCAACGGCGCGGGUUAAGCUAGCGGGAGCCACUUUGCCCCAGGAGAACGACUAUCACAUCCAUCCCACUGUCAUCGAUGGAACCUUGCAACUUAUGAGCUGCGCCGCCACUAACGGCCAGGCUCGCAAGUAUUACCAGGUGCUCCUCGCCGCUGGUAUCCAGCGUGUCAGCAAGGACGACGAGCAACCAUUCCCUUACGUAGUCCUGGAGGUCUCAGGUAUCCGAAUGUCUCUCGGCAACAGAUCUGUGUUAAGCGACAUGCUGGACACUCAUGCUGCGGCUCGAUACACCUGGGGUUUAGAUAUCGACUUUGUCGCGGCCGACCGUUUAAAAAAGCCCUCGCUCGACCGAAGCACACAGACGGUGCUCCUGGAGAAUCUCGCUAAACUGUGUGGACAGACACUUGACCAACUACUGUCAGACGAGGUAACGGCCACCCUGGCCCAUUUCACGAGCCAAUUUGAUAUGUCAACGUUCAUUCGGACCCUGGGGCAUUCGAAGCCCACCCUACGAAUUCUUGAGAUUGGCAACGAGAGAACCGCUCCCGCCGCUAGCAUCAUCCAAAGCCUCACUCUUCCAGGAAACCAGGUUCUCUGCUCCAAGUAUACAUUUACCUCUAAGGGAUACAUCUCUGGAAAGGACCAAGAGAAGCUGUUUUCCGGCAUGGACUUUUCUACCCUGGACAUCAGCAAGGACCUUACGGAGCAGGGAUUUGAGGAAGGUGAAUACGAUCUCAUUGUGACCUCCAGCAUAAUGCAGGCCACCUCAGGCUCACCUGAAGAGGUCCUCUCCAAUAUAAAGAAGCUCCUCGCUCCCCAGGGACGGCUGCUCUUGCAGGAAGUCAAUGCCUGUUCUACAUGGGCAAGCUAUGUCUUUGGCUCCCGACCGAGCUGGUGGUCCAACACCACAAGUGCCGCUGAGAAUGGUGCUCAAUCGGAAACCUUGACGGCCUAUUUGCAGUCCAAACUCUUGGAGGCAGGUCUGACUCGGACCGAGUUCCUCGUAGAGGACUCGCUCUCGACAACCAUCUUGGCAAAGCCGUUUGCCCCUGAGCCCAAGUCGGACAUCAAGAAAGUUUCUGUGCUCGGCGCAGACCACGGCAAAGAGGAUUCAAUCGUGCAAUGGCUCCAAGAGUCAGGCUACGAAGUUACAAAACUCUCUGUAACGGACUCGAUACCUUCCGGACAAGACAUCUUGUGUCUCCUGGACAGGAAUGGCCCCUUUUUCGAGUCUCUUGAUUCUGCUCGGUUCGACUCGCUCAAGGAGUUUCUGAAGCGGCUGGGCGACGCGGCCGUUGCCAAAGUAUUCGCCAGGGUCCAGAAACGUGUUGACGCGGGGAAUGAAACCCUCAAGCCCGAUUUCGAUUACCUGGUCAAAAAUGGGCUGAUCAACGUUGGGCGGUACUACCCGGUCGUCCUGCGAGAUGAGUUGAUCACAUCAUCGGGGCCGGAAAACAGAGCUGUUCUUGACGUCGGGACGCCAGGCCGCUUGAAUACGCUGCAAUGGUAUAAUUGUGCGCGGGAGAGUCUCGGCGACGAUCAAGUUGAGGUGGAAGUGCAUGCAGCUGGAUUGAACUUUGGGGAUAUCCUUGUCACUGUGAAUAUCGUCGAGCUCCCCAUACGCCAAUUCGGCAUGGAGGCGGCAGGCAUCGUCAUGAGAGUCGGGCCCAACGUCAAGGACCUGAAGAUUGGCGAUCGGGUCUUCUGUCUGAAGACAUCGGCCUUUGCCACCCACCUUUGCGUCCCAGAAUUUUCUUGUGCCAAGCUGCCCGACUCGGUCAAAUUUGACGAGGCCGCUUCAAUGCUCGUUCCAUACGUCACCGCUUUGCACUCGUUGGUGAACGUUGGUGGACUCACGAAAGGCCAGUCUGUCCUGAUCCACAGCGCCUGUGGAGGCGUUGGCCUGACAGCUGUCCAAGUCGCACAGAUGCUGGAGGCCGACAUCUCCACGUCGGGCGUCGAUGUGGUCCUCAACUCCCUCUCGGGCGAACUGCUGCAUGCGACGUGGAGCUGCGUGGCUGAGUUUGGGAAGAUGGUCGAGAUCGGCAAGCGAGACCUGAUUGGCGGGACGAAGCUCGACAUGCGGCCGGCUAACCGUAGUUAUUGCUGCGUCGACAUCGACCAGCUUUGGAGUAGACCGGACUUUCUGAAGAGUUUGAUUGACAGUACAGUGAGUUUCACUAAGGAAGGACGUCUCAGCCCCGUGCGCCCAGUCCAUGUGUUUGGCGCAGAUGAGAUCCAGGAGGCGUUCCGCUUCAUGCAAAAAGGGCAGCACAUCGGCCGCGUCGCCAUCGCGCUCCGAAACUUGUCCAACGGCACCAAGAUGAAUUUCCAAGUUGUGCCGAAACCACGCGAAGUCCAAUUUAAGAACUCGUCGUCCUAUCUAUUGGUCGGAGGUCUCGGUGGGCUUGGCCAGGCUGUUUCCCAAUGGAUGGUCGAACACAACGCCCGCGAAUUGAUCUACCUGUCGCGAAACGCGGGCAGCCCAAGCCUCAAAAUAAAGUCUUUCGUCAGAGAACUUGUUAGCGCAGGGUGUAAGGUUAAGCUCGUCCCGGGAGACGCCACAAGAGCUGAAGACGUUGCCAAAGCGGUGUCAAGCGCCACACUACCCCUGAAAGGUAUCUUGCAGAUGUCCAUGGUCCUCAGGGAUGAGAACUUCGAGAACAUGACCUACGAGGACUGGUGUAUAGCUUCCGCGCCCAAGAUUCAAGGGACGUGGAACAUUCAUCACGCAACACAGGGAGCGGACCUGGAUUUCUUCGUCCUCUUCAGCUCUCUCUCGGGUUCUAUCGGACAACCUGGCCAGGCCAACUACGCGAGAGCGAACACAUUCCUGGACGCCUUUGUACAAUACCGGACUUCGCAUGGUCUAGCAGCCUUGGUGGUCGACAUUGGCGCCGUAGAAGACGUGGGCUUCAUCUCGCAGACCCCCCCAAAAAUCGUUCCGUCUGGAGGAACGACCGGCGCGGCCGGGUCCAAUGAGGUCCUGAAGACUUUCCUGGCGGCGGCACGCGCGAACCCGUUGAUGCUGAAGACGGCCGAGGCCGAGUCGCUGCUCGCGCUCGAGACAGGCAAGAAGCUUUUCGAUCUUCUAUUGAAGCCGUACGAUGAGCUGAACACCACAUCGCCCCUAGUGGACCUGGGCCUCGACUCCCUCGUCGCCAUCGAGCUGCGCGCCUGGUGGAAGCAGAUGUUCGGCUUUGACAUCAGCGUCUUGGAGAUGUUGGGAUCUGGUUCAUUGGAUGCUCUGGGCCAGCGCGCGGCUGAGGGUUUGUUGGGGGUUGUGACGGAAAGGCAGGGGGGGAAGGAUGCAAAGCUUCCCGAUAAGACGUUGGCAUCUGCAUUCGGGAGGGCACAAUGGUUAUCCCGGCUUACUUUGUGUCAGGCGGCUUCACCAAUGAUCUCAGCCUUUUCUAUUUUGGCCAUUUCAUCAUUUGAUAAACGCCCUCAAAGGCAGCCUGCCGCCUCAACGCAACAGCGUCAAAGAACAACGCAAGCUGUGUACAAUGCAUGGGGAAAGUAUCGACUUUCUUCUUCAUUUUGCAUUCAAAAUGUCGGUACCUGA